CGCUCUGUGAUGACGUAAUCAGCUCGCUCUGCCACGUCUCUCCUGGGCAGCUGCGGAGAGCGAGAGGAGGAAGAGGGAGGCAGUGGAUGGAGUAGCGGGGAGGCCGCAGGCUGCUGCUGAGGAGCUGGACCCGAACCACUCGGAGAAGUCGGAGGAUCCUACUCGGAGAGUCUGGGGCGCCUGUUCCCUCCCUCACCAGAGCUGCAGCUGCACGGGCUCAAUAUGCACCAGCAGAGAACUUUCCCUGCACUGAGCUGACCCUCUGCAGCAUUACUUCUUCUACUUCUCCUCAACUAACCCCGCCCCUUUAACCCUCUCCUGCACCCCCUGCUCCAGCCCUGCACCCCCUAAACUCUGCUGCUCUCUGCCCCCCUGAGAUCCUGCCUUAGAGACUGUGGGAAGGAACAUCUGAUGCCUGUACAGCUGCACCCCCCUCUGCCAUUUCAUGUGGAGACACUGAGUGGUGUUUGGCUGGUGUAUAAUAGCUGGCAAGGAGCGCAGGUUGUGUUCAAGGCCUCAGAGUGGAGCCCCCUGGUGGUGCUGGACGUGGACUGGCCCCUUGUCAUGCCCGGUGGAAGGAGGGGUCCAAGCCGGCAGCAACUGAGCCGUUCCGCGUUACCCUCUUUGCAAACCUUGGUUGGUGGGACGUGUGGCAAUGGCACAGGGCUGAGGAACAGGAACGGUAGCGCCAUUGGCCUUUCGGCUCCUCCCAUCACCGCCUUGAUUACCCCCGAACCCGUGCGUCACUGCCACAUCCCUGAGCUGCCGGUGGACGGAGGCCUAGUAUUCGAGUUCCUCUUCUUCAUCUACCUGCUGGUCGCCCUGUUCACCCAGUACAUCAACAUCUACAAGACAGUGUGGUGGUACCCCUAUAAUCACCCCGGCUCUUGCACCUCUCUGAAUUUCCAUCUGAUCGAUUACCAUCUGGCAGCCUUUAUCACAGUCAUGCUAGCCCGGCGCCUGGUCUGGGCCCUUAUAUCACAAGCCUCACAGGUGGGAACGUCGUCCGUGGUCAAAUACUCGGCUCUGAUCAUUGGCCGCCUGGUGCUGCUCACGCUGUGCGGAUGGAUCUUCUGCUGGACUACGGUCAACCUGUUCCGCAAUCACUCGGUGCUCAACCUCCUCUUCUUGGGCUACCCGUUUGGCGUUUAUGUUCCCCUUUGCUGCUUUCACCAAGACAACCGCUCCCAGCCGCUCCCUACAGACUGUGGCUACCUGGUGCCCGACUCUCUAGUCCAUGAAGGUGCUAACGGCGUGGGGGGUCUCGUCCGACCCAAAGAUUUCCUCUCACUCCUGCGGGAAUCCCUGAGGGAGCAGUUCAACAGCCCCCCGUCUAUCCCGUCUCACAGCUGCCCCCUGUCCCCCGACCUCAUACGCAACGAAGUGGAGUGUCUGAAGUCCGACUUCAACCGCAGGAUCAAGGAAGUUCUCUUCAACUCCCUGUUCAGUGCCUACUAUGUGGCCUUCCUUCCUCUGUGCUUUGUAAAGAGCACCCAGUAUUACGACAUGCGCUGGUCGUGUGAGCACCUCAUCAUGGUCUGGAUCAAUGCCUUCGUCAUGCUGAGCACCCAGCUCCUCCCCCCAAAGUAUUGCGACUUGUUACAUAGAUCCGCCUCCCACCUGGGCAAGUGGCAGAAGUUGGAGCAUGGAUCUUACAGCAACGCACCCCAACAUGUCUGGUCGGAGAAUACAGUAUGGCCGCAGGGAGUUCUGGUACGACACAGCAGGAGUUUAUACAAAGCUGUGGGCUCGUAUAAUGUAGCGGUGCCUUCAGAAGUCUCUCACGCAAGAUUUUAUUUCCUCUUUCACCGGCCGUUACGACUCCUGAACCUGCUGCUGGUUAUCGAGGGCAGCCUGGUGCUUUACCAGCUCUACUCGUUGCUGCGGGCAGAGAAGUGGAACCACACGCUUUCCAUUGCGCUCAUUCUCUUCUGCAACUACUACGUCCUAUUCAAGCUCCUCCGGGACAGGAUAGUAUUGGGUCGGGCCUACUCUUACCCCCUCAGCAGCUACGGACUGAAACCUCACUGAGACGGUGGGGCAUUCGCUGAACGCAGGAGAUUUGAUAGGAAAAAGAAGAAAAAAAAAUACAAAAAAAAACCCUGAAAAAAAAAUAUUUUGGUACAAUUCUAUAUUUUUCUCGCUAUGUUUAUAAAUAUUUAAGAUAUUUUAUAUUUUGUAUACGAUUUUUGUUGUGUUCACCAGUUGGGAAGGGUGUGGCCUGGGGCUGCAGGGAAUCGUCGCUCGGAGAGCUCCCCCUGGAGGCCGAAUGCGGAAGGAGAAGCCGCAAAGUAUUCUGACAAAAAUCGCCCGUUUUGGGCAAAUCUUGUGCCGUUUGCCCCGCUGUAGGAAACGAGGCACUUGAUGGUACUGGCAGUUAAUCUCCUUCAACAGGAAGUGCCAACAUGAGCUCUUGAAGGGGUAGUUGCAUGGAGCGGACUCCCAGCCGAGGCCGAGUAAGCAGCAUGAAGUAUGACGACUCCAGUUAUCACUUUGCCAAUUCUGCAGCCGCCAGACAAACUUGAAUAAAGCUGAAGGCUUCACAAAUA